AUGACAGCGACGAAGAGACGGAGCUUCGCCCCUCCAGCCGAGUACUCUUUCGUUCCCCCGCCCCCAACAUCACCACCCCCAGCCGAACCACGAGCUACGGAAGCAGCAACCGGAGACGACGCAUACGCCCGCCGUCAAGCUCUCUCCGCGUCCGCACCACCUCCUCCCCCGGCAGUGACCGACGAAGCAACGAUAUCCCGCGCCCCCGUCCGCUACACUCCAUCCUCCACCAAGCAACCGCCCGCAGACGAACAAGACCCCUCAGACCCAGACUCCCCACCACCAACCCUCGGCCUCGGCGCCAGCAGCGCUGCACCACCGCCACCGCCGCCCGCAUCAGAAGAAGCCCAAGCCCCGCGAUCCUCCCGCCCAGGCCAAGCCGGCUUCGCCCAACGCCUCAUGAGCAAGUACGGCUGGACAAAGGGCUCCGGCCUCGGCGCAGACGAGUCCGGCAUCGUCAACCCGCUGCGCGUACAGGUCGAGAAGCGCAAGAAGAAGUCGGACGCCGAGGGCGGCGGGUGGGCUGAGCCGGGCAACCGCGCAAAGGUUAUUGGCGGGAAGCGCAAGGACGAGACCGAGGGCGGCGGCGGCAAGUUUGGCGGGCCCAUGAGCGAAGUCAUUGUUCUGCAGCGCAUGCUGGAUAACAUGGAAGACCUGCAGAGCGAGAUUGCCAAUGGGCUGGGGCAGGAGAUUGGCGAGGAAUGUGGUGAAAAGUACGGUCGGGUCGAGCGAUUAUACAUCGACGUUGAGCAAAGACAGGUUUUUAUCAGGUUUACCGACCAAGUCUCUGCCCUUCGUGCGGUCAAUGAGCUGGAUGGACGUGUUUUCAACGGCAACGUUAUAGUGCCAAAGUUCUUCGAUACUGAAAAGUUCGAUAAGGGUAUCUACCAAUGA